GAUGAUACUUUUACCCCUCCAGGAACUUCCUACUCAAAGAUUAUCGUUCAAAUAGAAUCUAAGAAAACUCCAAUAAUAAACAAAACAAGACAUCAUGACUCUGAUAUCAGUUUCGAUGAUACUCCACCACCAACCCCACGAACCCCUUUCAAUUCCAACAAUUGGCUCAUGAAAUCUCCAGUAACUCCAAUUUCAACUUACACAACUAACCCAUCUCCACUAAAGAAGACAAGAGUCAAUGAGCCGAAGUUAGAAUCAAAUAAAAAGCCAAAAGACUGUAAAAGUGGCAUGAUCAAUAACAAUUCAAUUGACAGCAACAUCAAUAAACCAAAAGGUAACAAGAACAACGAUGAAUCAAAAGACAAGCCAACCAAGACAACUUUCAUUCCAGUCUUCCAAAAACCUCAUAACCUAAAGUAUAAGAGAAAGUAUCAAACUACUAACCAAUUUCCUAGUUACUUUUUCACUAAUCAAAGAUUCACGAUGCACUCAUCAAUAGAUUUUGUUAGCGCUUUAAGCUUGGAACCACUGCCUUCGGUGGAUUACAAUUUGAAAGCAAUCAAGUGUGGAAAUAGAAAUAGUUAA